GGCGGAGGAGGCGGCGGCGCUGUCGUCGUUGCGGGCAAGCGACUGCUGGGUCAGAGCGAGCUCUCGAGCCCAGAAGGUGCUUGGCCGACAGCGCGAAGCCAGUGGCAAGCAAACCUGGAGUCUCUCUCCCAGGACUUUCUUGCAGCAGAAGAACUACCUGGAGUAUUUGGGAGGUUGCUGCAGUACAGACAGAAGUUAGUGCCAGCACCCUUUCUCCUGCAGCAGUGGGGACUUCCUCCCCUCAUCCUGCCCCUCUCCUACCUGGAGAGGUGGGCAAUGGCCGGCUCUGGACACCUUGCACUCCUUCUGACAGUGUCUCUCCAGUCCCUUUUGCAUCCUGCAUGGGGUCAGGGUUCCUCCAGUGACAACAGCACAGUGGUACCUACAACAUCAGUGCCAACCACUUCUUCCAAAGGCCUCUCGAAGGCGGAACUGGAAGCUGCCAUAGCUGUGCCUUGUGUUUUUGUAGGACUCUUGCUAAUCGGCCUUUUGGUUUUCAUGGGACUCAAAAUUCGGGAGAAGCGCCAGACAGAAGGGACUUACCAGCCCAGCAAUGAAGAGCAGGCAGGGGCCCGUGUGGAACCGCAGACCAACCUCAAGCUGCCACCAGAGGAGCGACUUAUCUGACAGACGGAAAAAGGACUCCAUUUUGGGAUCAUUCCUUGGAAAAAGCUGCUUAGCACACUGGACUAAAAAAAAAAAAAAAAAGACUGAGAAUGGAUCUGUGAAACUGGAAGAUCCCCAGUAUGGUUGGCAGCAUUCCCAGCUGGCUGGCUAGCUAUGAAUAGCUGUCAGUGGAGAAGUUCCAAAUGCCAGAAAGAAGGCAGCCCGGAAGCUGUGAUUGAUAGAGAUGCAAGAUGGGAUCCUGCUCUCUGCAGCCAGAAAGAAAAGGCCCAGCCUGAUGCUAUGAGAACAGACCAUGCUGGCUGGAUAGGCUCUGUUUGCACUGACCUCAAGGACAAGUCGUGGUCUUCUUCCUAGAAUAGGAUUGACUGUGCAGCCAGUGGGAACGGACGGCCUUUCUGAAGAGAGAAGGAUGGUGAUUUUGGGAUAGGAAGGCUGCUGCCUUGGCCCAACUGGUGGAUUCUGGGAGGGUUUUUUGCCUUUCAAGUGUUUUUUAAAGUCUGUGUUGGUUGUCCUCUGCCUUUAAGAAUGCUAUUUUCUAAUAAAAGUCCAUCUCCCUUUUUUGAUGAGGAAAAAAUGGCA